AUGAACUGGAGGAAAGUCCCAGGCUUGGACGGACUGCCGGUGGAAUUUUAUUCCACAUUUUGGGAUGUCCUGGGCCCUGUCUUCCUUGAGAUUGUGGAAGAAGUACUGACCCGAGCGUUGCACCUGACUCAGACGUUCAGUAGGGCCUCGGGUUCAGCGCUCAACCUCGGGAAGACAGAGGUGAAGUACUUUGGGUUCUGGCAAGGUCAUUGUCCUUCCUGUGCUGUGGGCCGUGAGGACUGCAGCCUGUGCAAGAGUGCAGACCCCAUCUACAGUUGUGUGUGGUGCGAUAAAACCAAGUCCUGCGAGUAUCGGAAAAGGUGUCCGAGUGGUGAGCGGAGGAGGGACUGUCCCAACCCUGAAAUCACUGAUAUCAUACCUCGGUAUGGGCCUCUGAAUGGGGGGAUUUCAGUGACCAUCAAAGGCUCCAACCUGGGUAUCGUGAAAGUGGACAUAGAGAGCAUCAGAGUGGCCGGAGGGCCCUGUGUGCACCAGGAAGAGAAGUACUCCGUGUCCACCAGCGUGGUGUGUGAGAUCGGUGGAGUCCAACAGAAGCAGUCAGGGGUUGUGGAGGUGAAGGUGAAAGGAGGGAAAAGCGGGACGUCGAGUGUCAUGUUCACAUACAGGGAUCCCAGACCCGAAAGGGUCCAGCCUAACCGAGGCCCACGGGCGGGAGGAACUCUUAUCACAAUAACAGAAACGGACCUGGAAACCGGUACCAAGGAUGACGUCAGCAUCACUGUCGGUGGGGUGGUGUGUAUCAUGGAGACGUUCCAGAAAAAUAUAACCUGCAAAACCGGAGAGUACACGGUACAGAAGGUCCCCUCUGAUAACCUGACAGUGACAGUGAAGUACGGGAAGCACACCACGAAAGAUGUGCCUACGCCGUUCAGGUUCUUUGAGAAUCCUAAACUGGAUCACCACUAUCCAGACACAAGUUUUGUAUGUGGGGGGCGGAUCAUUUUUAUCGUCGGCACCGGGUUUGACCUCGUCCAGAACGCUGCCGUGAAAGUGGUGCCCUCCAGCGAGCAGUCAGGCGUCACCAGUCCACUGAAGUCUGAAGUGGAGGUAAAAGGCGAAAAUGACGCAGUAAUGCAGUUCUCCUCCCCGACGGUGAACGUGACCGAUGGGAUAGCGUCUCUCAGGACCUACAUCGUCAUGGACAACAUUGAGCUUGAGCUCAAGCCUUUUGACUACCACCCGGAUCCUACGUUUGAAGAGAACCAAAAAAGGAUUGUUUCAGAGAACAGCAUCAUAUCUGUAACUGGUAAAGGUUUCGCCAAAGCAAUGACAGCCCAAGAAGCAGAAGCCUUUGUGGGAGACGUCUCUUGUGGGGUCAGCAUCUUACAGAAUGACAAGCUCUUCCUGGACUGGACCCAACCAACAUCUUGCUUCAAGAGGCCCAAGAGAGACACAAAGGCAGAUUUGCUGGAACUUAAGAUUAAGUUCGGCCAUGGGCAGUGGAUUGUAGGCUCAGUGGAGUAUGAAAAGAAGACUGAGGCAUCCUGGACAUCUCCCCUGGACAUCAUAAUUCCUGAAGUGAUUGCCCCGAUGGUGGGGAUCAUCAUAAUCAUAGCCUCAGUGUGCUGCUACAGGAAGCAAGCUGAGAGAGAAUAUGAGAAACUGAGGCAGCAGCUCGAGAACCUGGAGGGGAGCGUUCGUGACCGCUGCAAGAAGGAGUUCACAGAGCUCAUGAUUGAAAUGGAGGACCACACCGGUGACCUCAGUGAACCCUGUAUCCCCUUCCUGGACUACAAGACCUACACAGACCGCGUUUUCUUCCUGCCUUUCAAGAACAGCGCCAGUGACGUGAUGAUCACUGGCAAGCUGGACAUUCCUGAGGCGAGGAGGGCCACAGUGACGCAGGCCCUCAACCAGUUCCUCAACCUGCUGAAUAGCAAGCCUUUCCUUCUCAGUUUCAUCCGCACCUUAGAGGGGCAUCCUGACUUCAAUGCCCGGUCAAAGGGCUACUUUGCCUCCCUGCUGACGGUGGCGCUUCACAGCAAGUUGGACUACUACACAGACAUCAUGAGGACACUCCUGUUAGAACUCAUGGAACAAUAUGCCCGGAGCAAGAACCCCAAGCUCAUGCUGCACAGGUCAGAGACGGUGGUGGAGAAAAUGCUGUGCAACUGGAUGUCUAUCUGUCUCUAUCAGUUCUUGAAGGACUCGGCAGGAGAGCCUUUGUACAAGCUGUUCAAAGCCGUCAAACACCAAGUGGAGAAAGGCCCAGUGGAUGCUGUCAUGAAAAAGGCCAAGUACACGCUGAAUGACGCUGACCUGCUGGGGGACGACGUGGAGUACUGUACGCUGACUCUGCAGGUCCUCGUUCACGGGGAAGGGCCAGGUGUCACUUUGGUCAAGGUACUCAACUGUGACACCAUCUCCCAAGUGAAGGAGAAGAUCCUUGAGCAAGUGUACAAAAAUGUGCCCUAUUCUCAGAGGCCCAAGGUGGAAAGCGUCACUCUCGAAUCUGCUGGGCAGAUUCUGUCGGACCUUGACUUGACAUCGCAAAAGGAGGGCAGAUGGAAGCGCAUGAACACUUUGGCCGACUAUGACGUGCGAGACAACGCCACUCUCGUCCUGUCUAGGGUCCUGCAUCCUCUGCAGUCUUAUGACCAGCACCAGGACAGUCAUGAAGAGAGAAAUGCUCUGCUUGAAGAGGACAAGGUGUUCCACCUGGUGCGGCCAGCAGAGGAGGUGGAUGAGGUCAAAUCCAAGAAGGGCAACAUGAAGGACAAGUCGAUGACCAAAGCCAUCACAGAGCUUUAUUUGAUGCGGUUGCUGUCUGUCAAGGGCACUCUACAACAGUUUGUGGACGACUUCUUCCACAGUGUCCUCUGUUCAUCCGUUGGGCCCCCAGCAGUCAAGUACUUUUUUGACUUCCUGGACGAACAGGCACAGAAGCACGACAACGUGGAUGACCAGACCAUUGACAUGUGGAAGACCAGCAGCUUGCCUUUGAGGUUCUGGGUGAACAUCCUGAGGAACCCCCACUUCAUCUUCGACAUUCACGUGAACGAAGUGGUGGACGCCUCCUUGUUUGUUAUUGUCCAGACCUUCAUGGAUGCCUGCACCAAGAGCGAGCGCAAGUUGAGCAGGGAUUCCCCGAAUCACAAAUUACUCUAUGCAAAGGAAAUCUCCACAUACAAGAAAAUGGUGGAGGAUUACUACAAGGGCAUCAGGGAGAUGGUGCCCGUCAGCAACCAGCAUAUGAACACCCACUUAGCGAAGGUGUCACGGUCUCACACAGGCAAACUCAGCACCCAGGUGGCUCUGCAUCAGCUGUACCAGUAUGCAAACAAGUACUAUGAUGUGAUCAUCACCUCCUUUGACGAGGACCCCGCUGCCCAGAAUAAACAGCUUGCUCUGAGACUGCAGCAGAUAGUGGCUGUACUGGAGAACAAAGUGACAGACCCCUAACCUCUGUAGGAGGGUGGGGGCCGGUUUUGGUACUGUGGGGCCAGAAAUUAAAGCGGAGUUUAUUUCAUAUGGCCUGAGUCCUGAGUGGAAUAGCAAAGACGUGGGGAAGGGAAGGAAUGGGGCUGUUCCGAGGAAGCUCCCCCCCCCCAUCUUAAAUGUUUGUUGUGUCUGAAACGGUGUCACAAUUCCCUAACGGUUCUCAAAGUCGAUCCCCCUCCCUGUGCUGGUCCAGAUCAUACAACACGUGCCAAGGGGCCGAGGGAUCUGCAGGAGACACCACACCAGACGUUCUCAAUGAUGAGACAUGUGACCAUUGCAGCCCGGCCUUUGAAAUAAGCCCUUCCUUAAUCGCAGGCUUUAUCUGUUCAGCUGUUGUUAGUUGUUGUUGUUCAGUUAAAUGUUCAAUUUCUUCCAGUAUAAAAAAAGUUUAAGAAUAGUACAGAAUAUUAGAAUAAGAUUAAGAAUUAAGUUUAUAGUUUUUAUUGUGCAUUUUUUACCCAGAAAGCCUUAUAUAUUUACAUUUUUUGUUUUUGAUAUGUCAUAUUUUUGUGCCUGAUAAAUGUUCUCCAGUUGUUCAAUGAUGGGAAGGAUGGGACCUCUGUUUUGAAGUGAGAUAUAAAGUUAAGGGUCUGGAAUCUGUGUAUUGGACCGCCAGUGACCAAUGUGUUCAUUUCCUUGCCUGUUGGGCCUUCUUGUCCUCAUCCCCUGUACAAGGGGGUUGUGCAGAAAACAGCACUGCAGCAUGGGAGAGCACAUAUCGCAGUUAACCAUACUGUCAUAAGAGGCACCUCUGUCACUCUGCGGACACCCCCAUCUCUCAUUUUCGGUGGAGUAGAUGUAUCUAUUCAUGAUUAGAUCUCACUUUUUUAUUGUUACUUUAUCAUUAUUAUCUUUGCGACAGCUGUUGUUGCUCUCGGCUCUUUUUCCAAUGUCUACUUCAAAGUUUAAAGGAGUCAUACUGACAUUCUGAAAAAUGUUAGAAGUCUUUCACAUUGUCACCAGCCUGUUUCGGUAUGAGCCAUAUCCUUUCUGAUGACGAUGACAUACUUAGUUCUGUUUUUCUCUGACUAAAUGCUUGUAAAUUGUUGCAUUUCUAAUCUUCAGUAAACUGGUACCGUAAAAUGUAUGAUUGCUAACCAAUUAUUUUACUGAGUCUUGUGAAUCAGGUAGCUCUUACCAGGUGAUUUGGUGCGGUUCCCUGUCUACCCUUUAGUCUCUCUCGACUGCUGUUGCCCAGGUCUCAGUGCUGGGCCCCUUACUCUUCUCUAUCCACAUGUUCUCCCUUGGCUGUCAUCGAGUCUCAUUGACUCUCCCAUCAGUCCUAUGUCGAUGAUAUCCAGCUCUGACUCAAGUAUGUUCUUCUUUCAGCUCACUGAAGGCAUAACCUAGUCCAGCAGAUACAUCCUGCACAACUUCAGCUGAAUAAACAUUUGGCUUACAACACACUCUAUGCAGCUUCUUCCUGGUCCAGGCCAUUGUAAUAUCCUACCUACACUACUGCAUAUCCCUUGUGUCUGCUCUUCUGGCCUCUACCAGCGAGCCUCUCCAGCUGAUCAAGAACCCCUGCAUGAAUUGUAUUUGACUUGCCAAGGUAUUCCCAUGAAUCGUUCUUUGUCGUUCUCUGUUGGCUUCCUGUAGCUGCUGGGUUCAAGUUUAAAUCUCUGGUGCUUGCCUACAAGCCCAUCAGUGGAUUUGCUCCCAGAUACCUCAAGAACAUGAUCACUUUCAAUAGCACAGCCAGAUUCUUAUGCUUCUCCAACUCUAGCCACUUCAUAGUCCUGCCAGGAAAAGUCCAAAAUCAGAAGUCUAAAGGUUCUUUGUCUGUGUAUCAAUAUGGUGGAAUUAACUUUUUUUCUCUCCCUCAAGAUCUAGGGAGUCACUCCACAAAAUCCAUCUCUUCCAGAUCCAUUUCUCUACUAAUUUUAUUUGCUCCAGAAAUGUGGACAUUUUUAAAAAAAUGUACUCCCCAAAUUCUUUACACAACUCUUUGUGUAAUGUAUGCUUGCAAAAAUGGUA